CACGCCGAUUUUAGGAACGUCAUUGUGAACAAUUUAUUUUUUCCUUCUGACUCCUAAUUCAGUCGGAGUCAUCCUAGCCAUUUUUACUAUUUACUAAUCAAAACUCCCUAGGAUUUCAAUAUCUUCGAUUCUAUCUGGUAUAUCAUAUUUCAAAAGUCAGUCCCUAUCUAAUGGAGACGACGUUACCACUUCCAUUUCUCAUCUCCGUCGAUGUCCCACCCAAUGCGGCCUCGAACGGGGAUGGGCAAGGUCUAAAUGAGGAAGAAGUCUCAUGUUUGGGUUGCGUGUUCUUCGAGGUCACUCAACAAAAUUUCGAAAAACUCCUUGAGCAUCUCAUCCAAGUCAAUGCCGCUACUCUCCACACAUUCUUCGAUGCUACCGGUCUCGAAUCAAAGAGUGAUGUUGUUACAUUAUUGGACUAUGGUGCCCAGAAAGUCUUUGUACAGCCGGAGAGGCUGUCGGACUUCGCACAAUUUGGUAGGCGAGUAGCUCCGGCAGUGAGCAAGCUAAACCAAGUAUCCUUCGGAACAGAACAUGGUUUACUUCUCAAGGAUUUCGACCAACGGAACUGCGAUGUAUCCAAGUUCAUGGCAUCGAGCAAGACUACUAAGAUGCCUCCUCUGUAUAUCAAGCCUAUUGAGGAUACUAUUUAUGACCACUUCGCCGAUAUAUGUUCACAGCUAUCUGCUAUCCCUAUUAUCCCAUCUACGAAAUUGACAGUUCAGGUAGAAGAAACAGAAAACAAAAUUUUCGUACCUAAAUUGUUCUCUGUUGCGUGGAAAUCAGACAGGCCAGAUCAUUUACUGCCCACCGUUGUUUGCGACACAGCGGGUGUAGCACUCGGUUUGGUGUAUAGUAGUGAAGAGAGUGUCGCUGAAUCUCUAAAGACGAAAACGGGUGUCUAUCAAAGUCGGAAACGAGGACUAUGGUAUAAAGGCGCUACAUCCGGAGAUACGCAAGAGUUGGUGAGGAUAUCCCUAGAUUGCGAUAACGAUGCGUUGAAGUUUGUCGUCAAGCAAACAGGGAAAUUCUGUCAUCUUGAUCAGCACGGUUGUUUCGGCGAUCUCAAGGGAAUCUCAAAGCUCGAACAAACAUUAGUUUCUAGAAAACACUCAGCACCGGAAGGUUCCUAUACCAAGAGACUUUUCUCGGAUGAGAAGCUCUUGAGAGCAAAGAUAAUGGAAGAGGCAGAAGAACUUUGCGAUGCGCAGACUCCGGAAGAGGUUGCUUUCGAGGCGGCAGAUCUGAUAUAUUUUGCCCUGACUAAAGCAAUUAGUGCCGGUGUAAGCCUAGCCGAUAUCGAGGAGAAUCUCGAUGCCAAGAGCCUGAAGGUCAAAAGAAGACCAGGAAACGCAAAGGGACAGUGGGCGCAGAAGGAGGGUAUCACCAACGGCACUGCAGAGAAGGCAAAAGAAGCCGCAAAGGAUUCUGCAGCCCCCCUGACAUCCGCCCCUGCAACUGCAGCUCACACAGCUCCAGACACAGGAAGAAUUACUCUAAAACGUGUGGACGCCAGCAAAGUCAGCGCAACGGAGGUUUCGGAGGCUCUGAGAAGGCCGUCCCAGAAAUCGGCUGAUGCGAUUAUGAGUAUCGUUACACCCAUCAUUAGCGAUAUAAGAAAGAAUGGUGACAAAGCCUUACUUUCUUAUACCCAUAAGUUCGAGAAGGCAACUUCUUUAACUUCGCCGGUCCUCAAGGCCCCAUUCCCCCAAUCGCUCAUGAAUCUUCCUCCUGAGACUAUCAAGGCCAUUGAUGUCUCUUUCGAGAAUAUCCGCACAUUCCACACUGCACAGAAAGAGCAGCCCUUGAAGGUUGAGACUAUGCCAGGUGUUGUAUGCAGCAGAUUCUCCCGACCGAUUGAGCGAGUUGGUCUGUAUGUUCCAGGCGGCACCGCUGUCCUACCCAGCACUGCACUCAUGCUCGGUGUGCCUGCCAUGGUGGCCGGAUGCCAGAAGAUCGUGAUUGCAUCCCCACCACGUUCCGAUGGCAGCAUUACACCAGAGAUCGUAUAUGUUGCUCACAAAGUUGGAGCUGAGAGCAUCGUUCUAGCCGGUGGCGCACAAGCUGUUGCAGCGAUGGCAUAUGGCACGGAGAGCGUCAGCAAAGUGGACAAGAUUCUCGGGCCCGGUAACCAGUUCGUAACCGCCGCCAAGAUGUUUGUUAGUAAUGACACGAAUGCCGGUGUGAGCAUCGAUAUGCCAGCAGGUCCUUCGGAGGUGCUGGUGGUGGCGGAUAAGGAUGCUAACCCAGCUUUUGUCGCAUCAGACCUGCUAUCCCAAGCCGAGCACGGCGUCGAUAGCCAAGUCGUAUGCAUUGCCGUUGACCUAGAUGAGCAGCAGUUGCAAGCGAUCGAGGAUGAGGUACAUAAGCAGGCCAUGGCCUUACCACGGGUGGACAUCGUUAGGGGCGCGAUUAACCACUCUGUCACAUUCUUAGUCAAGGAUGUUGAAGAAGCGAUGAGAAUUAGCAAUGAGUAUGCUCCCGAACACUUGAUACUCCAACUCAAGAACGCCGAGGAAGUUGUAGACAAGGUCAUGAAUGCCGGUAGUGUGUUCAUUGGGCAGUGGACCCCCGAGAGUGUCGGUGACUACUCUGCCGGUGUCAACCACUCUCUACCUACAUACGGCUACGCCAAGCAAUACUCCGGAGUAAAUCUCGGCUCGUUCCUCAAACACAUCACAAGCUCGAACUUAACUGCUGAAGGUCUUCAGAAUGUGGGAGGUGCGGUCAUGCAGUUGGCGAAGGUAGAGGAGCUAGAAGCACAUCGGAGAGCCGUUAGCAUCCGUUUGAGCACCUUAACCGGGAAGCAGAUAUGAAUCAGCAUGGAGAGAUGAUACGGAUCGAUGUGACCGUCUGAAGAGGGAAAGGAGGCCGACAGUAACCUGAUAGUAACUCAUCUGUGUUACGCCGGAUGUUACUAC